AUGGUGCUGAGCCAACUGUGGGCCCAGCUCUCGGGCGCCUCGGCCUCCGGGGCGGCCCUGGCCUGCUGCUUCGUGGCGGCGGCGGUGGCCCUGUGCUGGUCCGGGCGCGGGCGGGCGCGGGGUGCGGCGGCCCGGGCGCGACAGAGACAGAGGGACGCCCUGGAGAGCAUGGACAAGGCGGCGCAGCGCUUCCGGCUCCAGAACCCUGACCUGGACUCCAAGGCACUGCUGGCCCUGACUCUGCCUCAACUGGUACAGAAGUUACAUAAUGGGGAGCUGUCCCCCCAGGCUGUACUCUUCACCUACGUGGGAAAGGCCUGGGAAGUGAACAAAGAGACCAACUGUGUGACCACCUACCUGGCAGACUGUGAGACUCAGGUGUCCCAGGCCCCCAAACAGGGCCUGCUCUACGGUGUCCCCGUGAGCCUCAAGGAGUGCUUCAGCUACAAGGGCAAGGACUCGACCUUGGGCUUGAGCGUGAAUGAGGGGGUGCCAGCAGAGUACGACAGCGUGGUGGUGCAGGUGCUAAAGCUGCAGGGCGCUGUUCCCUUCGUGCACACCAACGUGCCCCAGUCCAUGUUCAGCUAUGACUGCAGUAACCCCCUCUACGGCAAGACCACAAACCCAUGGGAUUCCUCCAAGAGCCCAGGGGGCUCCUCAGGGGGAGAAGGAGCCCUCAUUGGAGCUGGAGGCUCCCUCCUGGGCUUAGGCACUGACAUCGGGGGCAGCAUCCGCUUUCCCUCCUCCUUCUGUGGCAUCUGCGGCCUCAAGCCUACAGGGAACCGCCUCAGCAAGAUUGGUCUGAAGGGCUGUGUCUAUGGACAGGUGGCAGUACAGCUCUCGGUUGGCCCCAUUGCUCGGGAUGUGGAGAGUCUGGCGCUGUGCAUGCGAGCACUGCUGUGUGAGGACAUGUUCCGCUUGGACCCCACUGUGCCCCCCCUGCCCUUCAAGGAGGAGGUCUAUGCAAGCAAUCGGCCCUUGCGUGUGGGGUAUUAUGAAACAGACAACUAUACCAUGCCCACCCCAGCCAUGAAGCGAGCCGUGCUGGAGACCAAACAGAAACUGGAGGCUGCUGGCCACACGCUGAUUCCCUUCCUGCCAAGCAACAUAGCCUAUGCUCUAGAGUCACUAGCGACCGGCGGGCUGUUCAGUGAUGGCGGCGAGAGCUUCCUACAGAACUUCAAAGGUGAUUUUGUGGACCCCUGCUUGGGAGACAUGAUAUGGAUUCUGAAGAUGCCUGAGUGGCUUAAGGGACUGCUGUCUUUCCUGAUAAAGCCUCUGUUCCCACGGUUGGCUGCCUUUCUCAACAGCUUGAAGUAUCGGUCCACUGGGAAGCUCUGGGAACUGCAGCACGGGAUUGAGAUGUACCGCAGCUCUGUGAUCACCCAGUGGAGAGCACUGGACUUGGAUGUGCUGCUCACCCCCAUGCUGGGCCCUGCUAUGAACUUGAAUACUCCAGGCAAGUCCUCAGGGGCCGUCAGCUACACUCUGCUCUACAACUGCCUGGACUUCCCAGCGGGGGUGGUGCCUGUCACCACAGUGACUCUCGAGGAUGAAGCCCAGAUGGAACAUUACAGAGGCUACUUUGGAGAUAUGUGGGACAAGGCGCUUUGGAAGGCCAUGAAGAAGAGCGUGGGGCUGCCUGUGGCCGUGCAGUGUGUGACUCUGCCCUGGCAGGAGGAGUUGUGUCUGCGGUUUAUGCGGGAGGUGGAGCGACUGAUGACCCCUGAAAAGCAGCCAUUCUGA